AUGCCACUGGGAAACGAAACAGUCAAGAUUUUGAUGCUUCAUGGACAUGGCCAAUCCGACAAAUCUUUUGAAUGCAAGACGAGGUUUCUCCAAAAGACAGUAGAGCAAUCGUUUCCCGCUGAACAAGCAAAAGGAUCAGCUUCGAGCCGUGCUAUCAGCUUCCGCUAUCUCUCAGGACCGCUCCCUGCGAACCCCGACGAACCUGAAGACGGAUGCCGGGCAUGGGGAUACAUGGACUAUAAUUCCGAGCGAAUCAAGGGCAUCGAAGAGUCGAUUCAGUCCAUCAAGCACAUCCUCGAACACGAAGGUCCAUUUGUCGGAAUCAUAGGAUUUUCAUCAGGUGCCGCUCUAGCAGCUAUUGUUGCAUCACUUCUAGAGGGGAACAAUACGAUGCAGGGGCUCAACUUCAAGAUCGAUCACCCGCCAUUAUCAUUCGUGAUCUCCUUCAGCGGAUUCAGGCUGAAAAAUCCCCAUUAUCAAACGGUUUAUUACCGAAAAAUCAAAACCCCAAUGCUACACGUGAUUGGAGAAUUGGAUCCAAUGAUCGAACCAUCUCAAACGAUUGACCUUGCGAACCACUGCUUGAACGCUCGAAUUUUCGAGUUUUAUGGCUACCAUUAUAUCCCCCGAAAUGAAACGCAUUUCCCUCCAUUCAUGAGCAAUUUUAUUCGAAAUGACGCGCUAGCUUACGUGGGGAGCGACAAUGAACAAGACUGGGUUAACGUGGACUGA